CUCUAUUCUUACUUCUCUGAGUUCUCUCCGAGGGCUUUCGUCGGUGAACGCGAUUCCAGAGGAAGAACACGCGCAAUGCGGUUUUAUCUGGUAAAAGAACCAAGAUUUGGUUGGAGUAAGCUGUGUCUUUCUGUGAUUUUAUGAAUUGCAGUGAAGUUUUGAGCAAGGAAAUUGUCGACUCUUGCUGGGUUCGGCGAAUAAUUUGAUUUGGUUAGGAAAAAGAGAUGGCGAAUCUUUCUGGGCUAAAUACAGGUGCGGCGAAUCCAAACCCUAACAAGUCAUUCGAGGUGCUUCCGGCUCCUAGUGACUCUGUUUCCAGCCUUAGUUUCAGUCCCAAGGCUAAUCACCUGGUGGCCACUUCUUGGGAUAAUCAGGUUAGGUGUUGGGAAAUUCUGCCAGGUAGUGGUCAGCCAAAGGCAUCGAUAUCGCAUGACCUUCCGGUCCUGUGCUCGACAUGGAAGGAUGAUGGGACAACUGUGUUUUCAGGAGGCUGUGAUAAGCUGGUCAAGAUGUGGCCUUUGAUGUCUGGUGGCCAACCAACCCAAGUUGCUGCGCAUGAUGCACCCAUUAAAGAAAUGGCUUGGAUUCAACAGAUGAAUCUUCUUGUCACAGGGAGCUGGGACAAGACACUGAGGUACUGGGAUACGAGACAAGCACAACCAGUUCAUACACAGCAGCUUCCUGAGCGCUGCUAUGCUUUAACAGUGCUGUAUCCUCUGAUGGUUGUUGGCACUGCAGAUCGACAUCUAAUAAUAUAUAACUUACAAAAUCCUCAGACGGAGUUCAAGAGAAUCACAUCACCAUUGAAGUACCAGACGAGAUGCCUUGCUGCAUUUCCUGACCAACAAGGGUUUUUGGUGGGAUCCAUAGAGGGAAGGGUUGGUGUACACCAUCUGGAUGAUGCACAGCAGAGCAAAAACUUCACAUUCAAAUGCCACAGAGAAGGCAACGAGAUUUAUUCUGUGAAUUCAUUGAAUUUUCAUCCUGUACAUCAUACAUUUGCCACUGCAGGAUCUGAUGGUGCUUUCAAUUUUUGGGACAAGGACAGUAAACAAAGACUGAAGGCAAUGGCUAGGUGCCCUUAUCCUAUCCCAUGCAGCACUUUCAACUAUGAUGGAUCAAUUUUUGCUUAUGCGGUUUGCUAUGACUGGAGCAAGGGUGCUGAAAAUCAUAAUCCGGCUACAGCAAAGACGUAUAUCUAUCUUCAUAGCCCACUGGAAAGUGAAGUUAAAGGGAAGCCUCGUAUAGGAACAGGUGGUCGAAAGUGAACCUUCGGGCGAUCUUAAAUGAAAUGGAUACAGAAUCGUUGCAUUGUUGCUUCAUCUGUGCAGGCUCUUGUUUUUCAUUUUUGGCCAUCGUGCAUGCCUGUAAUUCUGGUCUCUUGAUGCUGAACAUCAUCUUGUAAAUUUAAUCAGCAUUACAUAUAUAGGUAGGUGGUUUUGCAACCACACUUGGUGGGCUGAUGCUCUUGCCUUUCUUCUGGUUCCUAAAUUUUUGAUGUGUUCAGUGAAACACUUGAGGUUUUAGUUAGCCAAAAAAAAAUUACCCAGUUUCUUCCAGAACCUGAUAUAUGAGAUACUGCUGCAUGUUGAUUCUGUAUCACAAUUUAUUAUUAUCCUAGCAGUAUUGUCAGCUUCAAGCAUCUUGUUUCUCUGCAAGCAUCAGAACACCAUAAAAAUUCUUGUAAUCAAUUCAAUUUCAGUUCAA